UUUCAGCAAAAGUUCCCGAUAGAAUAAAAAGAUGGGUGUCGUGUCGCCAGUAAAUUUUGUAAGUUUUCCCUCCGUUUCCCAAAAUCCUUCCUCAAAAAAGUAAAGCAGCUAUCAUCGUUUGUUUGUUUGUUUGGAAGAGAAGAGAAAGCGAAAAUGGAAGAGUAUUUGCAGUGCAUGAAAACUCUCCGCUCCCAAAUCAAGGACGUGGAGGAUGAAGCCGCCAACAUUUCAGCUGAAGAGCAGAUUCACUUUACCACCAUUCAAACCUUACAAAAUGAUCUCCUUUCUGCAAAAUCCAAAACAAUGCAACUUAGAGAAGAUACUGAGAAGAUGCUCAAGGAGAAGGGUCAAUUAUGUUGGCAUAUAAUUGGAAAACAGAGAAAAAUAGCCUCUUUACACUCUGAUUCAUCCACACUUAACCAGACAAUGGAGCUUAUUCAACAGGAAAAGAUCAGUUUAUCUUCCAAACUAAUAGAAAGGAGGAUAUUCUACAUCAUAUGUGCCUCUGGAUAUAGCACUUACUACUCCAAGGUGGCCAAGGAUCUUUCUACCAAAUUACAGCAACAACAGGACUGGGUCAAAUCUCAGAAAGUCAGCAGACAAAUUGAAGAACAUGGUUUGGUCAAGAAUAAACUUGAUGAGCAAAUGACUGAAUCUGAAGGUAACUUUAGCAUUGAAAACCAACUGAUCACGGACGAUGUGAACAAUGAAGCAGGUAAUGACCUGAUUGUCAAGUUGGACUUAGCUAAAGCCAAGCUGGAUGGAAUUAGACAAAUGAAAGCGAAACUUGUCACAGAUAAUGGCAAGAUCAAGAAGUCUAUUGAGCAAGCAAACUGCAGAGCAAACCAUUUUAAGGUGACUUGCUUAUUAAACUUCAUGCAUACAAGUGUGUGCUUGUUUUCAAGCGGCCAUAUUUUACAACCAGAGCUAUUGGAAAUAAGCACAAUGACCCUGGAAGAGAAAUACAAAAAGCUUCUGUCAGACAAAGAUAGAGAAACUGAGUAUCUUUGCUCAGUGCAGGACCAUGUUGAAGAAAUAAAGAUCAUUAAUAGGUGCCUCAAUGUUCCACAGGGAAUUUCUCAUGUGAUUAAAUGUGCCUGUGGAGAAGAAUACAAGUUGAAUCUUUGUGCUUGACAAACUAAAAAACAUGUAGAUGGAACCCUGGAUAACACAAAAAUGACAAAAGAAUCAGUUUUCUGUUACAGGUAAUGUACAACCCAACACUGGUAGGAAAAUAUGGUAAAACAUUAAUCGUUGUUUUGAAGUAAAUUUUUUAGUUAGCUGAGAAUUAUGUUGGAGAACAGGUUUGGACCAAGGAAACGUGUACAGUAAAUACUACAUAUUUUACCGAAGAAAGAAUAUGAAUGCAUAUGAAUGCUUUCAUAUUAUGAUGAGAUAAUCUUGCAAAUCCUGCUGAGAAGUUAAAUAUAUUAGUUCCUGAAGUUGUGGUUCAUAAUUCUGGAAAUUUUUUACCUUUUGUUGUGCCAAUAUUGUUUUAUGUGCGCUCCUGCCAGCUGCCCAGCCAUCUCAUAUUUUUAGCUUUUCCAGAUUUAUAGUUCCUUGUGAAAAAAAAAGAAAUGUGAUGCUGCUUCAACAAAUCAUUAAAAAUUGGGCACAUACAUGCACAAAAGGAGUCACAUCUGCUCUUAUAUACCUUAUGGAUAACAUCUCAAUUCUUCAUGCCAUUUCUUUGACAUUUAAGAGCCACAUUUAAAGUAUUUCCAGUUGCACCGAUUUCUUACAAGUUCAGAUUUAUAUUGUUCUUAGAAAUUGAAGGUAUCUUGCUGGUUGAUGUGUAUAUUCUUUGAUAUGUAUUAUUAACUACUUUCUUUCUACGGGGUUAACCAUAGAAGCAUAUGCUCUAAGAUGCACGUGUG